CUCCUGGUACUUUCAGCCUGUGAAAGUCAGGUGGAGUCUAUUUGCCCCAUGAGGCCACGCGUUCAUGAGGUCAUUCACCCCAGGGUGGCAGGGGAAGGCACUGAGUGUGCUAAGGGCAGAGGUAUCAGAUGCGCCUCACUGCCAUGAAUUCUAGGAACAGGCUAUAGCUGAGCCUUCUUGGAGAGAGCUCAGGGCCAAAGCCUGCACCGUACUCCUGUGAGGAAGAGGAAGAGGAGAAUACAGAAAUCACUGCUGCACCAACGGUAGAUAGGAGCUGCAGGAAUCGGGGAUCAAGGGGGUUUCCCAGGCCCUGAAUGUACAGGACCAGAACCUGCGAGGCCAAGAGGACAGCCAGAGCCAAGGAGCCUGAGAUUUGUUGGCAGAAACACCCCAACCAGAAGCAGGGGCAUGGAGAACAGAGGGGAGUCAGCUGGAGCCCCAGCUGACACUGGGGUGUCCCAGGAGCUGCUGGAAGAAAUGAUCUGGUUUUUUCGUGUAGAAGAUGCGGCUCCUUGGAACUAUUCCAUCCUGGCCCUGGCAGCCGUGGUAGUGGUGAUAAGCAUGUUCCUCCUGGUACGGAGCAUCCAGGCCAACAGAAAUCGAAAGAAGCAGCCACAAGAAAAAGAAAAGCCAGAAGUCCUGUAUCUGGAUGAUGCUGGAACCAAAGAAAACAACAGCCUGAACCACCUGACAGAGACACUGAUCCCAGAAAAGCCGACCCUGGCUCCCGCGGAAACUGAGUUGAACGAGAAAGCUACAGCAUCGGUGUGCCUUGGAGACCUACAGGAACCCGAGAGCCAGGGAGCAAUCAGACUAUGUGCCACCCAAAGAUAGUCAGGAUGUCAUAGUCUGAGCUCGGUUUGAACAGUUUCCCCAUGAAGCCCGAUUUUUUUUCCCCAGUAGAGAAUGAGUGAACUACAAUCAAAUGAAAAUUGUGUUAUUAAGAAAAAAAAAAAAACACCUCUUUUAUUCAAAUGCUUUCCAAAGUGGGCAGAUGGAAUGGAAUAGUUGGUUCAGGGGGCGGUGGUCCACACACACAGAGUGGCUUGGAGCAAAAGCGCACUGUCCUCAGCAGGCCUGGGGCUGAGACACGCAACCACAGCUUCCCCGCGUAUUCAGUGGAGCCGGGGACGGGGUUAGAGACCUUUCAGUCCACACUCUUAGGGUUGCUGGCUGGGAGAGGAAAGAACAGGUUCCCCUCCCGGCUCUUCCAAAGCCCUCUUCCUAUACCUGCUCAUCUCCUGAGGGUUUGUGGUAGACAGUAAGAAAACAACUACAAACAGUGGACCCCCCCAAGGCAGGAAGGGUCCUGAUCUCAUGUCUGAACAAUAGUGUUGUGGCAGAAGCUGUGGUAGGAGCACCCACAAAUAAUUUAUGCAAAAAUAUCUGCCUUAUAAACUCAAAAUACUUUGGCUUUGAGCAUGCAGCCCCGUGGCUGAGAGUCCCAGGUCCUUCUAAGACUACAGAUACACUGUGUUAUCUCUGCCAGUGGGCAAGCAAGCCAACGGUGCCUACCAGAUGGCAUCUAAUCCUGCCAGCGAUAGGCUCCCUGAGGACUUUCACUGGAGAGAAUGACUUUGUCAUGCAGCCUUUGUCAUUAAACUCAAGUGUGGGUCUGAGGGUCUUUAACAAAGUGGACACAAGAGGCUGGUGGGGGAAAAAAAGUGCUGGAGGUUCCCUUCAGUGGCAAAUCCACAGCUUCUCUCUGUCCCCUACACUGAGGGGUAAGUGCUUGGAAAUACCCCCACCUGGACUUCUAUGCCUUAUCCAGGCUUUCAUGUAGGUUAUUUCAAUUAGAUUUCCCAUAGGUGAGCUUCCAAAGUUUGUUGCCUGGGGCUUCUCUAAAAGCUGCUAUGCCCUUUCCUUCCACUAGGUGACGCUAUGACCCAGGGCCAACUUCCUACAGGCUGUUCUCAGUCUUCACAGGGACACUGAUUCUCUGAGCGGGCUAUCCAAAGCUGUCCAAAGGAGCCACAGCUAGCCUGGCAGUAGCUGGAACAGGCAAGGGUUAUGGUACAGGAUGGGCACUGCGGUUUCUUCCUGCUUAUUGCUGACCCCAAGUCUCUCAAUGUCACAGUGGCAGUUUCCCAUCCAAGGUCAUGGAUGUAGUAGUUACCAUGGAGCCCAAGACCUGGAGGGAAUAGGCCAGCAUCCCUGCCCAUCCCUCUGGCUCACAUAAAGAACAGAGUUGGGGACACCGCUUGAUGCUGGAGGCGAAGUCAUCUGUCCACCAGAUGACAAGGGUUUGGGUCCAUCAGAGAGAGAAAGGCGGGUGGAAACAAGUCACCUCUGGGCCCUCGAAUCUGAGGUUCCUGCCGAGGGGUCCUCAGAAGAUCUUGAAGCCCUUCAGUAAGGUCAGGGUAGGUGCCUUGCGUUUGCUCUGGGCACGGGAUGACUUCACAGUGACCAGCUUGGCCUGGGCCACAGUGGGCAUCUCCUUCAGGCUGACAGUGGAAAGAGUGUUGAAGGUGCAGCUGGCCAGUCCAUGCCGGGCAGUGAGUGGACCAUGGUGGGACACGGCUCUCUCCUCGGAGAUGAAGAGGGGCCGGGCCGGGGGACUCUUCUCCAGCUCCCGCCGCGCCUCCCGCACCGCCUCGUGGAAGACAUGCUGCACGUGCUCAAAGUCCAGGCAGGCAGAGACCUCAAAAAACAGGCACCCGAACCUUCCGGCCAAAGCUGCACCCUCGGCCUUGGUGACCUGCCUGUGAAGGAGGGUGAGGCAGCAAGUCAGGAACGUGUGACUCCAAGUCAGGUCAGGAAAGUCCUCCACCCAUGUCUUCCACCUACUGGCUUGGGUUCAUCUUCACCUCCUGAGUCUUUUCCCAUCAGAACAACAGGACAAUGGUAUUUACUUCUCAGGGUUUUCAGGACUAAGAUGGACCAUAUGCACUGAGUGCUGACACAUUAUAACAUUACCCGUCAUAGACUCAGCACUCAGAAAAUGUUAGCUUGUGGCAUGGUGGCGCACACCUUUAAUCCCAGCACUCAGGAGGAUCACUGUGAGUUCGAGGCCACCCUAAGACUACAUAGUGAAUUCCAGGUCAGCCUGAGCU